AUGCUUUUUGCCUUGCUGGUCAUUCCAAUUAGCAGGGAGUUAGAUGAGGAGAUGCAAACUGCAGUGCGUGAUUACCUUGAGCAGAGAGGGGUGAAUGAUGAGCUAGCAGCAUACCUGCACACUUACAUGGAAAACAAGGAGCAGACAGAGCUUGUAGGGUGGCUGAAAAACAUCGAGUGUUAUCUCAAGAAGUAG